UCCGGCGACGCCUUGAUGCCGACCUCUGCAGAGACUAGUGCAGCCCAGCGGAGCACGGCAAAGCAAACGCAGCACAAUGGAUGGUCGGGUGCAGCUGAUAAAGGCCCUUCUGGCCUUGCCCAUCCGGCCCGCGACCCGUCGGUGGAGGAACCCGAUUCCCUUUCCUGAGACGUUUGACGGCGAUACCGACCGACUCCCCGAGUUCAUCGUGCAGACGGGCUCCUACAUGUUCGUGGAUGAGAACACGUUCUCCAGCGAUGCCCUGAAGGUGACGUUCCUCAUCACCCGCCUCACCGGGCCGGCCCUGCAGUGGGUGAUCCCCUACAUCAAAAAGGAUAGCCCCCUCCUCAACGAUUACCGGGGCUUCCUGGCCGAGAUGAAGCGGGUCUUUGGAUGGGAGGAGGACGAGGAUUUCUAAGCCGGGAGAUCCUCGGGCCUGGGGGCGUGUGGUCUGAGGAGGGUUCUCUGCGCCAGUCGCCACGGCCAGGGUAGCUACCAGCGCGCCCUCCUGCCACCCCUCCCCCCUUUGAGUCGCUACGAUCUCCCAUGCGCUUCUGUCCCUUCCUGUGUCGCGCUUGCCUUUGUUUCAGGAAUAGCACUCCAGGCUAGCGCUGCUGUCUUUGGGCCUCGGGAGCGCGCCUCUGCCCUCUCCUGCCAGUCCAGCCCCUCUCAUGCCAUUUGGACGCUGUCCUGUGUUCCAACUGCAAGCUGGGCUCCUGUCACACGCUGGACAGACCACCCACACCCGGCCACUGUCCACCCCUACGCCCCCGGCCACACUGCCAGACUACUGCGUCAUUCUGCCUGCACACCUGCACUGCCUCUGCUACUGCUGUUGCUGUCCACGGCACCCCACUACCAGACUGCUACUCUUAGUGAUUUGGACUCACCUGUAAGGUAUCUGAGCUGAAGAGGCCAGCCAGCCUGUCACCUUCAGCAGGAUCCAUUUCCUUUGGACUCCCAGAAAACUCUUUAUGUUCCUGCCAGAUGGCUGCCAGGACCCAGGUGUGCUUGGUGGCCAAAUCCAGUCACUCAUUUUCUCCCAUGGACUAGUUAUUUUUGCUCUGAAUCCAUUUCUUGUCUCAGUUUGCAGCUGUCUCUGACGUGUGCCUUUUGUUCAACACAAGAACCCCUGCACUCUGCCCUAUACAAAUGUCUUUUCCCUAUUUUCAAUAAAUGCCAGACACUAUUGAAAAA